UUGCCGACUCAUGGUUGCAGUCCCUUGGAGAGCGGUAGACCCUAAAGGGUAUGCAGUUCGGUAAGCUGCAUGUCGUCACUGCCACCUGGGCCGGGAUCUCGCUGGCCCAUGUGGCUAGACCCUGAGCCGGGAUAGGCAGGCACGGACCUCUGGGAAGCGCCAAUUCCUCGGGAAGUCUCCAGGUUAUCUGUUCAGACCUCAUCGCGAGCCCAUCAUCCUUCUACACCUAGCAAGCUGCUCAAGACGGAAUUUCUGUUCCGCACGUUGCCACCAUGCCAGAGGCACAAGCAGCCGCCGCACCGCCUGAGGAGGGCAAGAGUCUCCUCAGGUCGAUCGCGCAAAGCGUAGGCAUCUUCUUGCUUAUUCAGGGUGGCAUGAAGUACAUCAUGCCAAAGUCCCCUCAGACCGCCCCCGCCGUCAACGAUGCCGCGCAAACUGGCUCCGUCGCUGCUGUCAAGCCGUCUGGCAAUGUCGUGAUUCCCGCGUGGGAACAGCGCCCACAAUCUCUCGAUCCUGGCGCGGAGUGGAGCCCCGUCCCGUAUGCUGUUGCGCCCAUGUGGCCUGCUGGCAUUGAGAUGGACAUCGCCAUGUACAUCUCCUCGUCCGUCGCCAUGCCCCCGCUCAAGUCGAUGCCCAAGGAAUCGCUAUUGAUUGACGAGAAGAACUUCAAAUUUGGAGAUUACAAGGACAACAGAGAGAUCCAUACUGAGUUCAAAGUUCCACGUGAGGUGCAACAUAAUGCCACUCUACUUGCUCACUUCUAUGUGGCGCAGAGCGGCAGUGUGCUCGAUCCCGCGCAGCCAGGCUAUGACACCAGCAAGGCCUAUCACUUCAUCCGCCCACUGUCCCAAUACCAGCCCAAAAAGAAGAUUGCGAAGACUAGGAACUUGCUGAGCGAUAUGCCCGAAAGAGACGCCGUCGAGACUGAAGAAGAGAAGAAUGCGCCAAAGAUCGUGGCUUCCUACUACCAUCCCAACUUCACCGUCUCUUUGAUCCCCGACGCGGGCACCAUGCAGUACGCCACCAUGCAUCCCGGUCCAAGGAGAUUCAUUACAAUUGAAGCCACUGGUGCACGAGAUCCGACUGGUCAACACAGUUGGUACUAUCCCAUCGUCUUCACAAACACUUUCUGGCAGCUCAAGAAGCACAUGAUUGAGCUGAACGACACUGUCACAACCCUCCCACUCAACGUGAAGCUCAACAACCUUGCCCACUGGAAAUACAACAUCUUCGCAGCAGUCGACGAAAACCUCAAUGCCAACGCCAGGGCAGCCGCUGCCGGUCAAUCCACCCCCGGAGGUGGCGAUGGCUCUGAGAUGGAGAUGUUUAAAGAGAUCCUCAUUGACAGCAAUUCAUACCUACUCGCCAUCACCGCAGUUGUCUCCGUCUUCCACAUGAUCUUCGAGAUGCUCGCCUUCAAGAACGACGUUCAGCAUUGGCGCAAGAAGAAAGACAAUGUUGGAACUUCAGUCCGUACUAUCCUCGCAAACGUCUUCAUGCAGGCCGUCAUCUUCCUCUAUCUCAUCGACAACAACGAGAAUACGUCUUACAUGAUCCUCUUUGGUCAGGGUAUGGGCAUGGCAAUCGAAGCAUGGAAGAUUACCAAGUCAGUCAAUGUGCGCAUUCGGCAAACAGCACCCGGCUCUCUGCUUCCUUACACCAUCGUGUUCGAGGACAAGCACGUCCUCUCCGAUACAGAGAAGAAGACAGAAGAAUACGACGCCAUCGCAUUCAAGUAUCUCUACAUGGUCGCCGUACCUCUCCUCAUCGCCUAUGCGAUCUACUCUCUCAUGUACGAAACACACAAGUCGUGGUACUCCUUCAUCAUCACCACCCUCGUCGGCUCCGUCUACGCCUACGGCUUCCUCAUGAUGGUCCCCGCUCUCUACAUCAACUACCGCCUGCAGUCCGUUGCCCACAUGCCCGGACGCGCCAUGACAUACAAGUUCCUCAACACCUUCAUCGACGACCUCUUCGCUUUCACUAUCAAGAUGCCUACUCUGCACCGUCUGGCUACUCUCCGUGACGACGUCAUCUUCUUCGUUUACCUGUUUCAGACUUGGAAGUACAAGGUCGAUUACAACCGUAUCAACGAGUUUGGACAGGGUGGUGAUGAAGAGGAGGUCGAGGAGAAGGAUGCCAACAAGCCACUCGCUGCACAUCCUGGCGGCGAUAAGAGCUUGAAGGUGCCUGACGCUGACAAGCUGGAGAAGGUGCAGAAGGAGAAGGCGGAAGCACAGGCGACAGGUAGCCAGAAGAAGAGCGGUGCUACCAAGAGGAAAUAGAGCUCUCCUUAAACAUGAGGCAAUAGGUCUUGUUUAGGAAACUUAAUAGCUAUACAGUAUCGUAUGAUUUGGUGAAACUCAUUAAGGAAAAUUAUCACUAUUAUCACUAUGUCUGUUAUCAGAAGCCUUGUUACUAAGAUGC